CUGAGUUCGGCGGCUUUGGUGCGGUUUAGCGGUCGGUGGUAGAUUGUCUUGCCGCUCGUCGGGUACCGUAGGCCCGGUUGGUCUUUACUACUGCCCUUUACGGGCUGGAGGUUUGACAUUGCUCUUGUCUGGCUGAUGCGUUCGUGUACUUUAGGGCAUGCGAUCUGGGUUCCUGUAUUGAGGUGUACUGUCUCGGGUAGUCUAUUAUGUAUUGUCGUUUCUCUGCGAAUAGUUGCUGAUCUGGAUGUUGGUCUGGAAGUUGGAAGUUCUUGGGGUAGGUUUAAUGUUGCAGAUGUGGAGCUCUCAAUUCAAGUCCGCAGCAAAUGUCCAUGUACCUUUUUUAUGUACUCUAUACAUGAAAGGUACAAGCUUCAAAGUUACCCGUCUUCAGACAUCUUCCUAAUUACAUGUAUAAGCUCACGGGCGUCUAGAAAAAUGCAAUAAAUAAUCUCCAAACUAGUUUAACCUUGGGGUAUAAUUCUAGUCAACUAGUCUGACAGAUAGAUACAUUAUAAAUUGGUUA